UUAAAUUCGAUUGUUGCAGAUCCACUGUAUAAUACAUCGAGAACUGAUUUAUCCAAGUGCAAACUGUCCCACCUUGGAACCGAAUUUAAAGGUUUUAUUAUGAUGACUGUUGGUGGUUUUCGUUGUCAAUCAUGGACCGCUCAGCAACCACUUCACAAAAUUAGUGCGGACAUAACUGAUGAAGAUUUUCCAGAGAAAUCUAUGAAACUCGCGAAAAAUUAUUGUAGAAAUCCUACUCGAGAUCCGAGAGGUCCUUGGUGCUAUACGUUAGAACCUACCGUUAUUGAUGAUGAGUGUGAUGUUCCGCUUUGUAAUUAUGAAGAUUGCAUUAUAACGGGAUCGGGUGUUGAAUAUGGCGGAAGUCGAAGUUUUAGUGUUUCAAAAAGAAAAUGCAAAUCGUGGAACAAGAGAUAUAAACUCGGUAAUGCAAAAACUAUUAAAUUUCACAAUAAGCAUUUUCCAGAUGGAUCAAGGGCAAAGGCAAAUAAUUACUGUAGGAAUCCGGACGAUGAUACUGGUGGCCCUUGGUGUUACGUAGAAGAAAAAAAUUAUGAGUUAGUAGAAAAAGAAUAUUGUGAUAUUCCAUUUUGCGAUGAUAAAGAUUGCUUAAUGUAUUCACGAAAUGCAUCAACUUACUCCACAUUAACGGGAUUAAACAGCACUUACGGAAACAUAUCUUUUUGGAUUAAACUCUGGGAUCCUCUUGAUGAACAAAAUGCGGAAGCCAGGAUUUUGUUAAGUUUGCUUCCAAUUCCGUUUUCCGCCAGAAAGAUUGCCCAAGAUUGGAAAGCAGGAGUAGAACUUUUAAUUUCAAACAGUAUCAGUGGCCAGACAUAUCCAAUUAUGAAUGAGGAGAGCCUUUUUGAAAAUACACCCGAAAUAUUGCUCAGUUCUAAGUGGACUGGUCUGUGGAUUGCAUGGAGUAGUGGUUUCAUAUCAUUUGGAAUACACGGUGCAUCCAAACCGUUAAUUAUGGACGAAUAUAAAAUGGGAAAUAGCAUUUCGAGUUUAUAUCCCGACAGUUUUUUGUACUAUGGCAUUAUGGGCACUGGUGUCUUGUGGAGCACAGAGUUUUGUCAAAAGUAUUGUGAAAGUCAUACAACAUUUGGAAGCGAUUUCUUAAGGAUUUGGUCGAUGCAGAAGAGUAAUGACACGCAGGAUGUUCAUUUUUAUGUUCGAGCUAGUCGUAACGUAGAAAUACGAUUAUAUCAAAGUCCUGGAGCGCUAUUUCCUUGUUUCACAAUAGAAAUUGGGCGCAAUAAUGUUACAUCCUUGCUAUAUCAAGAAAAUGAGAAAUCAAUAAAGCAACAUUUGAAAGACGUUAUGAUUAAAGGAUUGAUAAAUUACUGGAAGUGGAAAGAUUUUACUAUUAGCAUUUUUGGCACACAGUUGCGCUUAUUUUCGCAACGUACGUAUGGAAUUGAAGAAAUUCUAGAUGUGAAUCAUGAUUUAUUGGUUACGUUACGUUGGUUCAGCGUUGGGAGCGACGAAACAAUAGCGCAUUGGACAUUGUUCUGUCCACCAGAUACAAACAUGGUAGAAGAUCCUCAGCCUCCGAACUGCAUUCAAAAUGCUGCAGAUUUCCAGUAUCAAGGAACUCAAUGGACAAGUGCAGGGGAACUUCCGUGUGUACCGUGGAUAGCAGAAGAGGUGCCACGCGAUGAGAAAAUAGCCGAUAAUUUUGUCGAUAAGUCUGUAGUGAAAGCUUUAAACAGAUGUAGAAAUCCAAGUCAUGAUCCUAGUGGACCGUAUUGCUACGCGAUUCCCGCUUCGUACGCUAUCGAUGUUGAAAAACGAUUUUGUCCUGUACGAAUUUGCCGAUCAUCAGAGUGUCGAAUGGCAGGGACUGCUAAUGAUUACAUUGGCACACUGUCGACAACUCGCUCGGGUCGAACUUGCGCAAAAUGGUUGAGCGAUUACGAUCUCGAGCAGAUGCAGAGACUGAAUACAUCAUUAAUAACGAGAGUUGCUUCUAGAACUCCGAGAUCAAUUCAUGUAAAGUCUCACUGGAAACGUUCUUUGAUGGAGCAAAACGUUUUAUUGGGAUCAUCAUCGAAUCUAUCGCCGUCAAGAUUAUCAAACAGAGUGGUGUUCAAACCUGUUCACAGAGUCGAUCGAGCCUAUUUAAAUGAUAGUCUUUAUCCUGAACGCAGUGUACGAAAUGCUAGCAAUUAUUGCAGAGAUCCCUCGCGCAAUAUCGCCGGCACAUGGUGCUACACGACGGAUCCCUUAGUGCCACAAGAUCUUUGCGAUGUAAGGGAUUGCGAAAAGCCGGAGGAGUGUACAUUUUUCGUAAAAGGACACGGCAUUGGGCGACGUUUAUACGUUUUGCCGGAACAUCGUACGGAAGGCUUACAUUUCUCAUUAAAAGCAUGGGAACCCGAUCAGCCAGAUUCCAUAACGUUUGUAUUUACUGCUGAUGAUGGAUUCAAUUCUCGUUACAUUCUCAAGAUUGGAGCCUUGGAUAACGAAAAACUGCUUCUUUAUUAUCAAUCGGAAGAGGAGGAAAUAAUUUUGGUGAAGAAAAAAACGUUACCGCAUUUAUUGUAUCUCGGCAAGUGGAGCAGCUUUGUUAUCCGAAUACCUCGAGGACGCGUUCUCGUUUAUUACGAAGGAGCGCCGAAUCCGCUGUUCGAAUGGGAGCAUCCUGAACCAGCCAAAGCUUUUCUACCCGUCUAUUACUAUUAUAAUAGCGAGAAAGGACACGCAAUAGGAGUUGCUUUUGACUGCGCCUCAAGAUGCCAUAUAGAGAACACGCAAACCGAUCGCUACACCAGAAUAUUACCAUUGUCAACGUGGUCCAAAGAAGACGUGGUCAGACCCAGUAGAUUAAUGCUGAUGAUACGCGCCAAGGGUGUCGUCUUAAUACCGUUACUUCUGCUGCCUGCAACACCGGGAUUUUACACGCUCACGCUCGGCGAACAGGGUCGGUGGAUAUAUUUUCUGAAAAACACAUAUCCCAGCGUGAAAGUUUAUCGCAAACAGAAAGCACUCAAACCUAUAUUUACCACGAAUUCCUGGACGAACAUUACCAUAAAAUGGUCUGAAAAUACAAUCCAAGUAUUCUGCAAUGAAACGAACGUGUUCCAUUACGUGCACCGUGAGCCGCUCAUUUUUUACUUUUUCUCGCUGGCCGUGGAUCCGGGAAGUUGGGCCACGUGGAGUGCAAAUUGCAUGCCGUCAGAUAUAGAUGGCCCCCCUUUGGACGGCGGAUGGUCGGAAUGGGGACCAUGGGCGUGUAGCGCUAGCUGCAAUGGUGGUGUUGGAACCAGAAAACGAUACUGCAAUUCACCGGAACCCAACGUGAGGGGCGAGCCUUGCAUUGGGCCCAGUAGCAUCAUGGGACGUUGCAAUACGAUUCGUUGUGGCGACAUAACAGACGAUACCACGAUUUCGAUUAAAAGGGGAAUCGCACAAAAUUACACUGCUCUUACUGUAAAAGAACAUGAAUCGAUAACGCUUCCUGCAGCUCCUAGUAUCGUGAAUUCUAUCAUAACCGAGUCGCCUGAUUCAGAAAUACAGUGGUCCCACAAUGGAAUUUUUCUUCAAAACGAACAGCAUAAAUUAGAAAUUAAGAAUUACGAAAUCAUAAUAAGUAAAGCAAGAUUGAACGACUCGGGUGUAUACACGCUCACCGUGCAUCGAAUAGAUGGGACAUAUAUGAUAUUUAAAGUGAUAACUUUGGCAGUGAUUCCAGUUAAGGAAAGCGUCACAAUCCGCGAAACUCUUCCUAUGCAUGUAACGUGCCACUGUGCGAUUCUUGGCUAUGUAUAUUCUGACCUGAAAAUUUAUUGGACGAUCGAUAACAAAACGUACAAAGAUUAUGGCAUCACGUUGCCUGCAGCAGUAAAUGUCGAGCAUAUUCCAUCUGUAAAUAGAUCUCAUCACGGCACGUGGAAGUGCGUCGUAGAGCAAAUGGAUCUGAAUUUCAAAUGGACGACAAAUGUGAUCCGUGUUAAAGUUCUUGAUCCUCCAAAUUGGCGUACUCACUUAAUGGAGGAUAAAUUGACACGGCCGAUUUUUGGAUGGAUGCCAAGCGAGAAAUUCGUCGCUUACUCAGCGUUGGCUAUAGUUCUCUUUUUUAUGUGUUGUGUUAUCAUUGGUUCCAUAUUUUAUAUCAGGUUUCGAGAGCGCUUGAAAGUUAACAUAACUAACAUAAAAGAGAAGAUGCGCACAGAUAAAUCUGCAGCAGAAAAAGGAAAAGAUGUCACUGAUGAAGCAUUUGUAAAAACAGAAAACGAAAACAUAUCGCCUGACUUUAUUGAGCUCGAAACAUUACAUGGAUCAUAUAAUGGACGAGGAUUUCGGACAAGAAAGUCGGAAGGCAUAAAUCAUGGCGGCAGGUCGAAAUCGCAUCAAUCAAAGUCCAAAGAAGCAAUUAACAAGUGGUCUCGUAAGUUGUUGAAGAAGACUAAAUUGGCACCCAAAGCUUGGAAUAGUAAAGUUAAAUCGACUCGCGAUGAAAUGCAAGAGAAAGAGAAUUUGAUCAGCGAUACCGAUAAAUAAAUAAGAUCUCGCGAUAAAUA